GUUGUCGACGACAAUGGAGGAGCUUUGAUGUGUCUUUGGUUUCGAUUUUUGCUUCACGCUAGAUGAUAAACCUCACGAGACACCGAGUCUUGAAUCUCGUCACCGGUGGAUCUUCGCUGGAUGUGAUUUUGUCUCACUCUCCUAACAAGUUCACAUUCCCGCCUCUUCUUAAAUCAUGCGCGAAGCUUGGAGAUGUUGUGCAAGGUCGGAUUCUGCAUGCCCAUCUAAUCAAAACUGGGUUUUUCGUUGAUGUUUUCACGGGGACAGCUCUAGUGAGUAUGUAUAUGAAGGUGAAGCAGGUGACGGAUGCUCUUAAGGUGCUCGAUGAAAUGCCUGAGAGGGGUGUUGCGAGUGUUAAUGCAGCGGUUUCGGGGCUUUUGGAGAAUGGGUUUUGUAGAGAUGCGUUUAGGAUGUUUGGGGAUGCUAGGGUUUCUGGGUCUGGGAUGAAUUCGGUUACUGUGGCUAGUGUUUUGGGUGGUUGUGGGGAUAUUGAAGGAGGGAUGCAAAUGCAUUGUUUGGCGAUGAAAUCAGGUUUUGAGAUGGAAGUUUACGUUGGAACUUCUCUUGUUUCAAUGUAUUCGAGAUGUGGAGAGUGGAUUUUGGCUGCGAAAAUGUUCGAAAAGGUUCCUCAUAAGAGUGUUGUGACCUAUAAUGCUUUUAUCUCCGGAUUGAUGGAGAAUGGAGUUAUGUAUUUGGUCCCUAGUGUCUUCAAUCUCAUGAGGAAGUUUUCAAGUGAAGAGCCAAAUGAUGUUACUUUUGUUAAUGCAAUAACUGCUUGCGCUAGUCUUUUGAAUCUUCAGUAUGGUAGGCAACUUCAUGGUCUUGUCAUGAAAAAAGAGUUUCAGUUUGAUACAAUGGUUGGUACAGCUCUCAUUGAUAUGUAUUCGAAAUGUCGAUGUUGGAAAUCAGCAUACAGUGUUUUCACCGAGCUGAAAGAUACCAGGAACUUGAUAUCUUGGAACUCUGUUAUCUCUGGGAUGAUGAUUAAUGGACAGCAUGAGACAGCAGUUGAGCUGUUUGAACAGUUGGAUUUCGAGGGGCUUAAGCCUGAUUCAGCGACGUGGAAUUCGCUGAUCAGUGGCUUUUCACAAUUAGGGAAAGUAAUUGAAGCUUUCAAGUUCUUUGAGAGAAUGCUAUCAGUAGUUAUGGUUCCUAGUUUGAAAUGCCUCACUAGCCUUUUGUCGGCUUGUUCAGAUAUUUGGACUUUGAAGAACGGCAAAGAGAUCCAUGGGCAUGUCAUUAAAGCUGCAGCUGAAAGGGAUACAUUUGUUUUAACGUCUCUCAUUGACAUGUACAUGAAAUGUGGGUUCUCAUCGUCGGCACGCCGGAUCUUUGAUCGGUUUGAACCAAAACCCAAGGAUCCUGUGUUCUGGAACGUUAUGAUAUCUGGAUAUGGUAAACAUGGAGAGUGUGAAUCUGCAAUUGAAAUCUUUGACCUAUUACGAGAGGAGAAAGUAGAACCGAGUUUAGCAACCUUUACUGCUGUUCUAUCUGCGUGUAGUCACUGCGGCAAUGUCGAGAAGGGAUCUCAAAUAUUUGGGUUGAUGCAGGAAGAAUAUGGAUGUAAACCUAGUACAGAGCACAUUGGUUGUAUGGUUGAUCUUUUGGGUCGGUUUGGGAGAUUAAGAGAAGCCAAGGAGAUAAUAGAUCAAAUGUCCGAACCAUCAUCGUCGGUUUACUCUUCUUUGCUUGGUUCAUGUAGGCAACACCUGGAUCCAGUGCUUGGAGAGGAAGCGGCAAUGAAGCUAGCAGAGUUAGAGCCAGAGAAUCCAGCUCCAUUUGUGAUCUUGUCCAGCAUAUAUGCUGCGUUAGAAAGAUGGGAAGAUGUGGAAAGUAUCAGGCAGGUAAUAGAUCAGAAGCAACUGGUGAAACUUCCAGGUCUUAGUUUGUCUGGUUAAGUAUAUGCUAAGUGGUCCAAUGUAUGCAAAGGCAGGGAUCUCUUUGGGGAGUAUUGACAUGCUCUUGAUUUGGGGCUCGUAAAACAGGUGAUUCACCAAUUCAGGUUUACAUCCGCAGUGUGGAAGACACUAAAGGACCUAAACUAACAAAGAGAAACAGCUCAU